AUGGAUUACUUCACUAAGUGGCCAGAAGUCUCCGCCAUUCCAAAUCAAGAAAAUUCAACAGUUGGAGAUAAACUAUUUCAUGAAGUCUUCUGUCGUUUUGGAGUACCUUUAGAGAUUCAUGUCAUAUCGAAGCGCUGUUCACGAAAGUACAUCAGUGACACCAGCUUUCGCAAACUUUGGAAGAAAUUACGGCUGCCUGCACACCUGAUCACCGGAAUACCACCUGAUGCCCCACGCAUUAUAACCAAUUAUACAAAGGACUUGCGGAACAAAAUGAAUGACAUUUAUGAGCACUUCAGACAAUCGGACCAGCAAAUAUCUGAAAAGAUGAAAACCCGGUAUGACUGCAAAAUGAACAACAAAAGGUUCGACGAAGGUUCACUAGUCUGGUUGCACAAUCCAGUUCGCAGCAAAUGGAAACCUCCUAAGCUUCAAGCUAAAUGGGAUGGACUGUAA